CCCAGAUGCUAUCAAAUCUUCUGACUGGGGACAAAACCAUCUCAUUCAGUGGCUGCAUCAUACAAAUGUAUUUCUUUGGUUCUCUGUCAUGACUCCCCUGGUAAAUCCACUCAUCUACAGCCUGAGAAACAGAGAAGUCAAAGAAGCCUUGAGAAAAGCGGGUAACUGCAGGUCUCUUCAUUGAGAAAAUCCAGUUUCUGCAUAAAGAGGAGAGACAAGAAUCAGCUGAGGAUCACGAGUCCUGGUGGCCAGGCCCUGAGAAGUAAGAGCUCAUCACUUCAAGCUUGGGCUAUGUUGUGGUUACAGUUCCAUUGCACAGUUGGUUUUCUUGUUCCUUGACUCAACCCAUGGCAGACAGAGACUGGAGAAAUCAAACAGCUGUCACAGAAUUUAUCCUCCUGGGAUUUGGGGAUCUCCCUGACCUGCAAAUUCUACUCUUUGUGAUGUUCCUAGUGAGCUACAUGGCAACUGUGACUGGGAACAUCCUCAUCAUUGCACUAGUUGUCGCUGAUCAGCACCUUCACACCCCCAUGUACUUCUUCCUGGGGAACUUGUCCUGCCUGGAGACCUGCUACACCUCCACCACCCUGCCCAGGAUGCUGGUCAGUCUCCUGACUGGGGACAAAACCAUCUCAUUCAAUGGCUGUUUCUCACAACUGUAUUUCUUUUCUGCUCUGGUAGGUACAGAAUGCUGUCUCCUAGCAGCGAUGUCUUAUGAUCGGUAUUUAGCGAUAUGUAAACCCCUGCAUUAUUCAGCUCUUAUGAAUACCAGAUUUUGCCUCCAGUUGGCUGCUGGGUCAUGGUUGAAUGGUUGUUUGGCUACUGCCAUAUUUGUAUUAUUCAUGUCUCACUUAAUAUUCUGUGGCCCGAAUAAAAUUGACCAUUUCUACUGUGAUCUCAUCCCAUUGAUAAAACUCUCCUGCAGUGACACACACCUUACCAUAUUGCUAGAUUUCGUACUAUCCUGUGUAUUCACCCUGCCUCCAUUCCUACUAACCCUGACAUCCUAUGUGUGUAUCCUCACCACCAUCCUGACAAUCCCUUCCACCACCGGGAGGCAAAAGGCAUUUUCCACCUGCUCCUCUCACCUCAUCGUGGUGACGAUUUACUAUGGAACCCUAAUGAUUGUCUACAUGCUACCGAAACGCAACACAUUAAGCUUUCUAAACAAAGUGCUCUCUGUUUGCUACACAGUCCUGACUCCCCUGGUAAACCCCCUCAUCUACAGCCUGAGAAACAGAGAGGUCAAGGAAGCCUUGAGCAAAGCAGUCAGUAAAUAUGUGGCUUUCACAAAAACAUGCAGAGACUCCUAG